CAAACACUCAUCAUUGGCAAGUCUAUUGUCGGCUUGUGUUGAUCAUCUAUUUGUAUUAUAUAUUAUUAUUGGUUGGAGGAUUCUUUUAGAUAUAAUACACUCCCGGAGUUCAUCAUCUAAAUUUCAAGGAGGAGGAACAAACACAAUUAAUUUAUUCUAGUUUGAAUUUUAUAGUAGAAUUAAAUAAUAUAAUGGGGAAUUCAUCAUCAAAUCGUGAAAUUACACUAGUAGAGGAAAAGGAUGUUAUUAGAGUUGAUUUUGAAUUUCCAACUCCAAUAGUUGGCGUUGAUAUGUCUCCGAUUCUUCAUGUCAAGUAUCCUGGAACUUGUAUUAUUGAAUGGUUUCGAGAGACAGAGGAAUUAGAUGCUCCUAAACGAGCUUCAAUGUCUAUCAAUCAGAAUGAUCAUUCUAUAGACGAUUCCGAUAGUAUUUCUCUAUAUAAUGGGUUAUGUUAUGUUCCAACAAAUGAGGAUUUAACCUAUAAACUUCGUUUAAAAAUCAUCUUAUUUGACGAUGAAUAUUACUUACAGACAGGUAAAUGUUUUUGUAAGGAAAUAAUAACAAAACCUGUCAUUCAAAUGCCAUCAUCUGUUCCAAGAAGAACAUUAAUUAUGAACCCAGAUGAGAACAUUCUCGAUUAUAGAGCUAAAACUAGGUUAUUACUCACCUAUUACAAACCAGAUUUUUCAUUUUCUGUUGGAAGUUACACCCUAUCAUAUAUUAAGCAUGUUCUACAUCCUGUUACAAUACCCGAAUUGGAUUUUAUCAAAUACUCUGUGUAUAGAAGAAGAUUAAUUUAUAGAGAAAUAAUACAAUCGGAUGUGGAUGUACUAGCUUUACAAAAUAUUUCUUCAGCGGAAUAUCAUGAAUGGAAUUUGGAUUUAUCAAAGAUUGGUUACUCUAAUAUCAAUCAUAUUACAGAAAUUGAAACAGGAAAUUGCACCUUUUAUAAGCGAUCGAAGUUUAGUAGAUUCAACGACACUAAAGUAACAGAAUUGGAAUAUGACGAUUCUGUAUUCAAGACACUUGUCAGUACCCUUAUGGAGAUUGGAAACUUCACUGAGGAUCAAAUCAAUUUGCAACAAUUGAAAAGCAUUGCUUCCCUCCAUUCGGAAAGGAUGAAGAGUGGUCUGCCAUCCAUUUGUAGUCUAGUCGAAUUUGAGAUGAAAGAUAAUGCAGAAAUACUCAAAGUAUUCAAUCACGAGCUCAAUGAAGACAAAAAAAACACCAAACUUAGGCCAAAUAUUCUCUUUGACCAAGUCAGCGUUUUAUCCAUCAAUUUUUCUUUGCAUUCACUGUAUGUUAUUGAGCAAGAAAGUCUAGGUGAGGAGGUCAAUAUGAAAUUCCUCCUUCUUCAGAUAAUAUCGUUAUUCAGGAACAUACGUUCAUAUAUUGCAUCACGAGUUCAGCAACAACCCAAGUUGCGUCUAGGUAUCACCUUUUGUGGUAAUAUUGGUACAAAUACCGAAGAUACUAUCUUACACAAGUAUAUUGAAAAUCAAUUUGGUUUCACCGAUCCUUACAAGGUUAUAACAGGAGAUGAAUUUAAAUUCUUGUCCAAUUUUGAUCAUACCAAGAAGUAUAAUAGUAAUCAUAUUUGGUUUUCGAAAGAGCAUUUCCAAACCACUUCUAUUGUGUCUGGCACUGUUCAAGUUCCUCAAUUAUCAAUUGUACCUCAAGACGAUUCUGAAAAUGAGUUGGCAUUCCCUAAUGAAAAUUUUGUGUGUGAGGAACCAAUGCUAAAAUGCGAAAUUCAAUGGAUUGAUCCGUAUGAAAAACUGGAUCAAUAAUGUAAUUUGUUAUAAAUUAUUGAAAUUAUUUA